AUUUGGGUUUGAAAUCUGUGGAUAAGUUUUGCUACAUGGAACAAUAAGUGGUAGUGAAUAUCUUAGCUUUGGUAGAUAAGACUUGUCUUGGAGGAAGUCUUGAAUCUGGAAACUUAUUUUGGAGUCAUCUUGUCACAACAACCUAAACCUAAUUAGUACCCUCCACGAACAUUAAAAGUUAGAUGAUCAGUCAAAACUUCUCAACAAGAGACCGAACACAAGCUCUUUCUAUAUAAAUACUCUCUCACACUGACACAGAGAUUCAUCACACUCUCUUGAUCACUCACUGCAUCAACAAUGGCCGGAGGGAAGACUGUGUUGGCUGGUGGGAACACAAAGAGCUGGAAACUACUCUUGGGGCUGAGAAUUUUUGCAUUCAUGGCUACUUUAGCUGCAGCCAUUGUAAUGGCCCUGAACAAAGAGACAAAGACCUUGGUUGUGGCCACCAUCGGUACUGUUCCUAUUAAAGCCACUUUAACCGCUAAGUUUCAGCACACACCGGCUUUUGUGUUCUUUGUUAUAGCUAAUGUAAUGGCGAGCUUUCACAACUUAUUGAUGAUUGCUCUUCAGAUUUUUAGCCCGAAACUGGAGCACAAAGGUCUCCAUGUCCUCUCUAUCGCCAUUCUCGACAUGCUAAACGCAACUCUAGUAUCUGCGGCUGCAAACGCGGCAGUGUUCGUAGCGGAGCUGGGGAAGAACGGAAACAAACACGCCAAGUGGAACAAAGUCUGCGACAGGUUUGCCACUUACUGUGAUCACGGCGCUGGAGCACUCAUAGCCGCCUUCGCUGGAGUGAUUCUUAUGAUUUUAGUCUCCGGCGUCUCCAUCUCCCGCCUCUUAUUCAACUCUAACAAGUUCUCCACCACCAAAGCCCCUGCCACCGCCACCGACGUUCCCUAAUACAUGGCGGCCAAAAUACAGCGAUAAGUAUUACAUGUGUGUGUGUGUGUGUGUUAGAUGUUGUCGUCGUCUCAAGUCUCAACUCUCAAGUCACUAUCAGAUUGUCUAAUGCAUUCCCCUGUUCUAUCACUUUCGUAUUUGUUCGAGUUUUCAUUCCUCUCUAA